GGUCGAAAUACUUUUAAAACCAAAGAGCCCGGUGCUGCUCAAAAGGCACCUGCUGUGCGCAGCCGCAUCAGGAAUGAGACAGUAAUGCCUUAUUCCCUGCGCCCUCGGGUUAGGCCAACUCCCUGCAGCCGACUUGGUCGCCCUUCAGAAGAAGCAAUUGGGUACGAAAUAGCCGUAAUGAAACGUGAGAAGGCACCAGGAUCGGACGGUCUGUAUCCAGCCCUCUUCAAAGAAGGCGGAAAAUCUCUGGUGACCCACCUGACAAAGCUUAUUGGUGCUAUAUGGGACGAAGAGAAAGUGCCCGCAGAAUGGGGCACGUCGACGGUUAUCCCCAUCUCCAAAAAGGACUCCUCAAGCUACAUUCUUUGGCCGUCAGAAGUUGAUUUUGAUCUACCACAUACUAAUUGUGUAAGCACUGCCUCUAUAAUGACAAAUGCUUGCAUACCACUGGUGACGUCGGUCGAUGACUUCAAGGAUAAAAUAAUUCGGUUCAUUAACUGUUUCAUAUUGCGCCAAGAACAGUUGGUUCUUGAUCAACUAUGGAUUUGCAAUGGGGUCAUUCUGGAUGAAUUAGACUUGUUCUUUACUGGCAAAAUCCAGGAGGAUAUUCGCAUUGAUUUACAUGGUUCAGUCAUUUCACCUGGAUUCAUUGAUAUUCAGGUUAAUGGAGCUUUUGGGUUCGACUUUUCCAACACACAUCAAAAUGUGGCACAGAGUUGUGAUGUGAUUGCCAGCAAGCUUGUUAUGACUGGCGUUACUGCCUUCUGUCCCACUAUCAUUACCUCAUCCAAACAAGUUUAUUGUCAGCUUCUUCCCCAGUUUCGCGCUUACCGUGAGAAGCCUGGAUAUGCUCAGUUGUUAGGCGUGCAUUUGGAAGGUCCUUUUAUCAGUAAACUGCAUUCGGGCAUGCAUCCAAAGAGUCAGAUUUCAGAUUUUGGAUCUGACCCUGUCCAGACGCUUCUAGACACUUACGGAUCAGAUUUAGACGUGGUUCGAAUGGUUACGCUUGCCCCGGAACUCCCAGGUUCCGACCUGGUCAUAGCGGAGCUUGCUUCCAGAGGCAUAAUAGUAUCGAUCGGACACACGGAUGCGAACUGCACAGCUCUGGAGAAUGCGGUCGCAGCAGGAGCCACUUUUAUGACUCACUUAUUCAAUGCGAUGCCCAUGUUCCAUCACCGACGUUCUCAUUUAUUUGGUAGUGUGACCUAUCCGAACCCGGAGCUUUUUGUUGGCAUCAUCGCUGAUUUGGUUCAUGUGCAUGCGGCUGGGUUGCGUGUUGCGGAAGCUAUCGCUCCUGGACGCGUCGUCCUGGUUACUGAUUCGAACAUGGCAUCCGGUCUACCGGACGGUGAUUACACUUUUGGUGAGCAAGAAAUUGAAGUUAGGAGAGGCGUGGCUUUUAUCGCUGGAACAACUUGUCUUGCCGGCAGCACAACAUUUCUACCUGACUGCAUCUGCAACUUUUGGCGUGAAGUCUGUCAGUGUUUCCUCAAACCAUCAGAUAUGACUGGUAAUCCGUGGCCAGGCUUGGGAAAGGCCUUAGCCGCAGCUAGUACCAGACCAGCUAGAGGACUUCGACUGUAUCAGCAAGGUGACUCCGCGACUGGUCCCCCAAAGCUGAGAAAGGGUAGUUUGGAGCCAGGAGCCGACGCCGAUUUCGUGAUUCUGUGUCCGAAGGCACUCAGUCAUCCAGUUUCGCCGAAAGUUAAACGCGACGGUUGUUUGCAAACCUCCCGCGGUAAUGACUUGAAGAUCAUGGCUUUGCACAGGCUAAUUCAUCUUGUGUUUUUAUUGGCAUUUGUAAACAAGUCGGAAACGCAAACAUGUGACUACUACCCGUUUGUGCCAUUGGGCAUGACUGACCGUUUUAAUGGGAUCAAAGACGACCAGAUUACAGCAUCUUCAUCGUUCUCUGACCAGACUAUGCCGUACUAUGGCCGUUUGCAUCUAUCAGAUGAAGGGGCCGGUGCUUGGGUCGCUUUAGAUCAGGAUGACCAACAGUGGAUUCAGAUUGACCUGAAGAAGCGUAAAGUUAUCAUUAGUGUUGCAACCCAAGGGAAGCAGGGUGCCAGGCAAUGGGUACAAGACUAUUACAUUCUGUACACAGAUGCCGAUUUUCCUGUCCAUUGGUCUAUUAUCAAAGACCAUCUAGGUCAGCCUCUACUAUUUGAUGGGAACGUUGAUGACAGUGGUGUGCGAAUGAAUAACUUCUCGUAUCCCAUCGUUGCCCGGUAUAUUCGACUUAAUCCACAGCGCUGGCACAACCUGAUUGCCCUACGGAUGGAAGUGUUUGGUUGCGACUAUCGUCCAUUCGUAGCCCACUUUGAUGGUACUAGUUGGAUCGAUCUGCGGUUAGACCUACCGGGACGAGCAACCCAGACAGCGGUGGAUGAGGUGCGAUUCCGCUUUCGAACAAAGGAAAUCAACGGACUACUGCUAUACGGUGAUUCCAGUCAGAAUGAUUACUUUUGCGUGGAGCUAUUCAGAGGCCGUUUACGAGUGAGCGUCAAUCUAGGGACUGUGCCCUCGUCUACCGAACCGACUGAUAACACUGUGGAUGCUGGUAGUCUGUUGGAUGAUGACCAGUGGCAUGACGUCCAUAUCAUUCGAGCGCAGAAAAACUUGAAUAUAUCGGUCGAUCGCAUACAAGUCUGGCGAAACCUUUCGGCGAUAUUCAUUCAUCUGAAUAUGAAUCGAAACCUUUCUGCAGGUGGGCUGCCGUUCUUUGCCAACCGGCGUGGUCUAACGGUUAGUCAGAAUUUCAAGGGUUGCAUCGAAGAGCUAGUCUUCAACGGGGUCCAUUUGAUCCGCGACGCGCAACGAUCGCUGUUUGGUUCACAAAUUGUUUCUUCAAAAGAUGCUGGCACACUGCGUUGGGAUGAGGCUCUUGGAUAUCCAAAGCGAAACCCGUUUUUGUGGUGGGGACCCCCAAUAACUGAGUCACAGCUGAAUAUCAGUGGAUUUGGUAUAGGUGGAUCGGGUCGCCUUGGGACCACUUGCCCGCCUGUUAUCACCGAUGACACUGUGAUAAUGUUUCCUGCCACUCAACAAUACGUUGUAUUUUUGAAAAUCGAGCGUGAUGGCGGGGCAAGCACGCUCCAGUUUUCGUUCCAGUUCCGCACACUGAAUCGGGGUGGAGUUAUGUUCUACCAUACCGUGGACAAAGACUUGAACUUCGUUUCGUUCGGCAUGGAAGAAAAUAAUGGACACUUAAUUCUGGAAAUUCUUUUGCCCGGGGUGAAUAUUAUCAAGUAUACUAUUCAAAAUCGUGAUCCCGCUGCUCCGGAUGGCACCUUUGCUGAUGGUCUAUGGCAUGACAUUCAGUUUAAUAUGGCGCAAGAUAGCGUUAUUCUAAUGGUGGACAAUAUCACCUACGCUACCACGCAGAAGACCACAAUGCCGCUCAGCUUUGACCGUGUUUCCUAUAUCGGUGGAGGACGCCCACAACGAUACGGAUUCCAAGGUUGCAUGCGUCAAAUACGGGUGAAUAGUCUGGAUGUGAUCUGGGACAAACUAGACCCAUCUGUUCGUCACCGCAGUAUUGUGAAUGGAAGUUGUUUAAUACAAGAUCGUUGUAGUCCAAAUCCGUGUAAACAUGAAGCUCCUUGUUAUCAGAACGGCGACACGUUUUUCUGCAAUUGCACUGACACUGGUUACGCAGGCGCGGUAUGUCACCAAAGUGAAUACUUCACUUCUUGUGCCGAAGCUGGUCUGUUCUACGCUUUGCGUGAUGCGUAUAUCAAUAUUACCAUUGAUAUGGAUGGAUCCGGGGUACUGAAGCCAAUUAAAGUCACAUGUGACUUUACCGAUCCAACCACUGUAAUUACCAUUCUGCCUCAUGACCUUACGCGGCCUGUCAUGGUGGACGGCUAUCAGGCCCCCGGAUCUUAUCGUCGUCGCCUUGUCUAUGAUCGAGCUGACAGGGAAACUUUGGGUGAACUGGUGCGGCGUGCGGUUCAUUGUGAACAGGCAAUCACAUACAAAUGUUGGAAUUCCUAUCUGUUACGCCUUCCCCCCGGAGGUCAUCCUGGAGCCAUUGUGGCUUAUUCCAGGGCUUCCAAGUUUCUACCAUACUAUUUGGUGCUUCUUCAACUUCUUUAUUUAGGUGGUACAACUUUAGAAAAUCGAGCAUGGGGUUGGUGGGUCAGUCGCAAAGGCCAACCACAGUUCUAUUGGGGUGGUGGUGUACCUGGACUGCAGAAAUGUGCUUGUGGUGUAGACGGAACGUGCUCUGGUGACUCGGUCACGUGCAACUGUGAUAGUGAUGGUUCAAAUACACCACCCCUGGUCGAUACUGGGCUCCUGAAGUUCAAGGAUGACCUUCCGGUUACAGAAGUUCGAUUUGGUGAUACUGGUGGACUCAAUGACAAUAAACGCGCCGAAUACUACGUUGGACCUUUAAGAUGCUACGGUGAUACGUUAUUUGACAAUACCGUAACUUUCCGGCGAGCCGAUGCCAACUUGGAGUUGCCACCCCUCUAUUCAGAAUUCGCGUUUGAUAUGAGCUUCACAUUUCGCACUACUGUUACGGAUGCCGUGAUUAUGCAGAAUAACGGUCGUGCAACACAACAGUUCUUCGAAAUACGCAUUCGAAACGGAAACUCCAUACGUGUUGCGUUUAACGUUGGGAAUGGAAUACAACUGGCUGAGGUCUCGACAGCACGUUGGUUAAACGACAAUCGGUGGCAUGUGGUGCGUUUCGAACGAAACCGCAAGUCUACCCGUCUUAGUGUGGACACUCAGGAACCCAUCGUGAUUGUUGAAGCCAUUGAACGAUCUUUCCGUGGCUUCGACUUUGACCAACCUCUGUCGGUGGGUACUACACAGGCAGAGAUCUUUGAGAUCGAUUCCACACCACCCAUGUUCAAACACACAGGCAUAGAAUUUGAUACAUGCAAGGAUGGGCAGUUCAUGGCUUUCACAGAUGGUUUUGUUGGCUGCCUGUCCAAUCUUCUUAUCAAUGGAGUGGUGCAAGAUAUGCGCGGCUUAGUAGAACGUGGCGUAUUUACCUACGGACUCAGUCCCGGCUGCAAGCCAAAGUGUGACACUAAUCCUUGCCUAAAUCGUGGAGAGUGCGUUGAACACUACUCACACUAUCUGUGCGAAUGCGGACUGACCGCCUACCGCGGGUUCAUUUGCGGAAGAGAGGUGGGUGGAACGUUCAAUAACGGACCUAUGAUCAUGAUUUUGUUGGAUCGGCCGCACGACAGACUGGGCACUGUAGAGGAAUACAUCCAAGUUGGAUUCAAAACUAAGUCAAAGCGUGGCAUCUUGAUGGAAAUGCGUGGAGCCGGUGACACGAACUACAUCAUCGUCAAAGUAAACAAUAACGGGGGAAUCACAAUUGAAUUCGAUGUCGGUUUCAAGCGAUUUGAGGUGACUACCAACUACGAUAUUGAUCUGUGUAACGAUCAGCACCAUAUGGUUUAUGCGUGGCGUACGGAUAUGGGCACAAAGUGGCAUUUAAAGGUCGAUGACUACAAUGAAAUAGUGGAGGACUUCACCAGUUACCUAUCGCCUUCGGCUGAUGUGCGCCUUGACGACCCGUGGGUGAUCUUCAUGGGACGCAAUACUACCAUGCAAGCAGCCGACGGAUUUGAUGGCUGCAUUUAUGCUGCUCAGUGGAACAACUUCUUCCCCUUGCACAUGGCCUAUCAAGACCCACCAUUGCCCAACGUACUUAUGUUCCCCAACGCCUCAGUUCGUGAGGAUCUUUGUGGAUUCAUUGAAAUAUUACCUGAAGCCGAACCUCUGGAAAUCCGCCCAUCACCAGCGAUUCCAACAAAUAUAACCCCGCCUGCGCAGGCUUUUGAGAAGGAACGCGAACAACGCAUUAUUGCCGGAGUGUCUCCAACCAGGCACAGCGAGGAUCACGCGGUCCCCAUCCUGGAAGAAGAAAUCAUGCCAUCGACCGGGUCGCCUUAA